AUGUGUAGACUAACAACUCAAGGUACGUAUAUCCGAGUAAACUCAAUUGACUUGUUGGUUGAAGCAUUUCUUAAUAAAGACGACAGUCCAAAGCAGAUCAUAUCAUUAGGGGCUGGGUCAGAUACACGGCCAUUCCAACUGUUAACGAAUGAAAAAUACCACAAUCGGCUUGUUUAUCAUGAAAUUGACUUUCCUGUUAGUACUUCCAGAAAGGUAGCUGCAAUUGUAGCUGACCCGAGGUUUAGUAGUGCUAUUGGCACCGGUAUAGAAAAAUCAGAAAACGAGAUCCAUUCAGAAACGUACCACCUACAUGCUCAAGAUCUACGUAAUAUCAAGUCUGAUAGUUUUGAAAUUUUGCGAGGCAUGGACCAAAGCAUAGAUACUCUUGUUAUCAGCGAAUGCUGUCUCUGUUAUUUGGAGCCUGCCGAGUCGGCAGCAGUGUUGUCUUGGUUCAAGUCCAAAUUCUCCAGAAUGGGUUGCAUUAUAUACGAACCAAUUGGGUUGGACGACCAAUUUGGUCGAGUCAUGAUACAGAACCUGGCCGUCCGAGGUAUUUCGUUACCAACAUUGAACAAGUAUCACAGUCUUAGAUCACAAGUCGAACGCUUGGUGGCGUUGGGAUUGGAAAAUUCCAGGGCAGCUGAUAUGGAAUUCAUUCAUGACAACUGGCUUUCUCGCGAAGAUAACGAGCGGAUCGAUAAUCUGGAGUUCCUUGACGAGCGAGAGGAACUCAAUCUGCUUCUGAGACACUACUGUAUAGCCUGGGGGAGCGGUCAGUCUUGGAAAUGGGACUUUCCAGAAAACAGCCAGCAAGCUUGA